CCCGAGCCGCCGGCUCCCGCCGCACCCCCGGCCCACCCCGUGGCCGCGGCCCCCGCGGCGGUUCCCCGAGCUCGUCCCGGACGCGCGCCCGGGCGGCGGGGGCUCGGCGGCCACCGCUGCCUCGGGGGAGCGAGGGCGGGAGGGUGUGUGUGUGCGCGCGUGUGAGCAGGGGGUGCCGGCGGGGCUGCAGCGGAGGCACUUUGGAAGAAUGACUCUGGAGUCCAUCAUGGCGUGCUGCCUGAGCGAGGAGGCUAAGGAAGCCCGGCGGAUCAACGACGAGAUUGAGCGGCAGCUCCGCAGGGACAAGCGGGACGCCCGCCGGGAGCUCAAGCUGCUGCUGCUCGGGACAGGAGAGAGUGGCAAGAGUACGUUUAUCAAGCAGAUGAGAAUCAUCCAUGGGUCAGGCUACUCUGAUGAAGACAAAAGGGGCUUCACCAAGCUGGUGUAUCAGAACAUCUUCACAGCCAUGCAGGCUAUGAUCAGAGCCAUGGACACGCUCAAGAUCCCCUACAAGUACGAGCACAAUAAGGCUCAUGCACAAUUAGUUCGAGAAGUUGAUGUGGAGAAGGUGUCUGCUUUUGAGAAUCCAUACGUAGAUGCAAUAAAGAGUUUAUGGAACGAUCCUGGAAUCCAGGAAUGCUAUGACAGACGACGAGAAUAUCAGUUAUCUGACUCCACCAAAUACUAUCUUAAUGACUUGGACCGCGUUGCCGACCCUGCCUACCUGCCUACGCAGCAAGAUGUGCUCAGAGUUCGAGUCCCCACCACAGGGAUCAUCGAAUACCCCUUUGACUUACAAAGUGUCAUUUUCAGAAUGGUCGAUGUAGGGGGCCAAAGGUCAGAGAGAAGAAAAUGGAUACACUGCUUUGAAAAUGUCACCUCUAUCAUGUUUCUAGUAGCACUUAGUGAAUAUGAUCAAGUUCUCGUGGAGUCAGACAAUGAGAACCGAAUGGAGGAAAGCAAAGCUCUCUUUAGAACAAUUAUCACGUAUCCCUGGUUCCAGAACUCCUCAGUUAUUCUGUUCUUAAACAAGAAGGAUCUUCUAGAGGAGAAAAUUAUGUAUUCCCACCUAGUUGACUACUUCCCCGAAUAUGAUGGACCCCAGCGAGAUGCCCAGGCGGCACGAGAAUUCAUCCUGAAGAUGUUCGUGGACCUGAAUCCAGACAGUGACAAAAUUAUCUACUCCCAUUUCACAUGCGCCACAGACACCGAGAACAUCCGCUUUGUCUUUGCUGCCGUCAAGGACACCAUCCUCCAGUUGAACCUGAAGGAGUACAAUCUGGUCUAAUUGUGCCUCCUCGACGCCGCCCUUCCCUUCCCUGGUGGGCUAUUGAAGCUAUACAAGAGGGACUGUAUUUCUGUGGAAAACAAUUUGCAUAAUACUAAUUUAUUGCCGUCCUGGACUCUGUGUGAGUGUGUCCACAGAGUUUGUAGUAAAUAUUAUGAUUUUAUUUAAACUAUUCAGAGGAAAAACAGGAUGCUGAAGUACAGUCCCAGCACAUUUCCUCUCUUUUUUUUAGGCAAAACCUUGUGACUCAAUGUAUUUUAAAUUCUCAGUCAUGCACUUACAAAGAUAAGAGCUGUUUCUUCCUCUCUUUCUCUCUCUUCUUUUCUAUUAAGCAAAAUGAAGCUGAUUUUCCUUUUCCUAACCCAUCCCUUCCUCUUGUUUCUUCCCACAUUACAAUGGCCUUUAUCCUAGUUCCAUUCUUGGUCAAGUUUUUCUCAAAUGAUACAGUCAGGACAAAUGUCAUUCAAUUUAAGCCAUCAACAUCAGCUUGAUUUAACUGUCAUUUUUGCUGAAGGAUUAUAAGUAUUAAUACUGUGGUUUUAAAUGUAUUGCUCUGGAUACACAUAUAGAGGUUUUUUAUAUAAAUAUAUUGUCUUGCCUCACUUUGGGCUGGGACAGUGGAUGCCCAUCUAACGGUUAAGUGUUUCUUUUCUUUUUUUUUUUUUUUUGAUUUCUACCUUCAGCCAUAGCUUGGUUGCUCAGCAAACUGUACAGAAGUCAGUAAGGCAAGGGUCAAGACACACAGAAGGAGUCCUUGCUUUUGAAAUGCCAUGUGCCAUUGUCCUUCCUCCUUUCCUUGCGUUUUUGUUUUGUUUUUUUUUAACUCUUUCUUCAAAUUGCAGAUGCCAAAAAAAUGCCAACAGACACUACAUUUACCCCACUGGCUGCUACCCAGAUCCUUUCCAUAGGUUGCUCUUACAUUUUUUUCCCCUCAGUUCAAACUUUUCCUGCCUUUUUUUAUUCCUUAGUGUUUGGGCCACAAUUUUAAAGUGACUUUUAUUAUGGGUAUGUGUUGCCAAAACUGGCUUUAAAAAAAUUUUUUUUAAUAAAAACUUAAAAGAUAAAAGCCAGUAUCUUAAAAUGUAAGAGAGUAAGACUGUGAAGCCUAAAAUGUUUGGCUGAGAAUGAACCUGCAACACCAGUUGCCAAACAGUUGGUCACUGUAAAUUUGCUUCUCAUAGUCCAUCCUUUUCUUUGCCCUUAAAAUCACAUUGUUUAGUGUCCACAUUCCACGUUGAGCAUCUAAGUCGGCAAUGUGGAAGAGCUGUCCUGUGUGAUACCCCAUGCGAUCUGCUUUUCUCUCUUCAUUUGAAGCCAGUUUUACUCUCUUUGUGUUCUUUAAGGUCAAGUAGGUCCGCCAAGAACAUUGGUUGAUAGUAUUAUUCUGACACCUUUAAUUUGCAGAAUCUGAAGUUACUGCUAGUUUACCAUCUUUGGGAUCUUAAACUGGUGACUGGUUGAGCUGAACUUAAGAUUUGUGGACCGAAACUCAAAAGUAACCUCUGUCCUAAAGAACAUGUAUUUAUAUAACUGAACAUAGUAGGAGGGAGAUCUGGAAUUCUCUAUGUGCAAUUUUUCAACCAGUGCAAAAAACACAGCACGUGUAUUGAGGAGCUUCUGUCAAGCAGCUUGAGUUGAAAUAUGAUUUAAGAAAAUAAAUCAUAAUUGUUUUAGACCUGCUGGGACCUUAGAAUUAGGCCACAAUGCUAGUCUCAUUUUAACUGCAAUACUAUCUGGCACAGGUCUAAACUUUCAUAUACAUCACUCUUUUGGAACAAUAAAGGAGAGUAAGAGAAUUAAUGACUUAUCAGAUGAGUACCAGAGUUACUGAACAGUAAGGGAAUGUUCCCAUUCUUUACUCUCCCAGCCUCAAACUACACAGGUUACUUGGGUUUUUUUCCUCCUUAUUCAGAAAGCACCUGUAAUUUAAUUAAGAAACAGACUGCCUGUAGGUAUAGUGCAAUUAUGAAUGCUCUAAUCAUUGUACAUACAUCUCACUCUUGAUAUUGCAUCAUCCAUACUGGCUUUGUAAUCAUUAAUUUUCUGGCAGAUUGAAUGUGCUGUAUUGAUAUGUAUCUAUGUAAUUGUAUUGUAUGUCUUAUAGCUAAUUCACAUUUUGAAUAAUGUUAUUUUAUUUACUUUUUUAAGAGAGGAGAAUGUAAACUUGUCAGUUUAUUUCUGACUAGGGAUUUUUUUUUUUCCAUUUAGAAAAGAAAAAAAAAAAACCUUACUAUCGUACAGAGCGGUACUAGCAUCGUGCUAUAUAAAAUCAUUUGCACAUUCCUGAAUAGAGGUAUACUGAUAAGACCCAAAGGUAAUUUCAUAGCAAAAUACAUAAAAUCAGUCGGAGCUUUUAUACAAACAUGGAAACCAACUUUGUAGAACUUUUGCCAUUUGACCUAGGAUUGGAAUAUGAGCUUUUAUACAAUUCAUAUUCUUCUUUGGCAAAUGCACAGUUUAGUAUUACCUCUCUGAUGGCCUUUAUUAGAAAGGCAGUUUUAGAAGCUAUUGUGAUCCACUAAGGAAAUGUUUUAACAGCUAGCGACCACUGCUUGCCUGAAAGGGCGAUCUUAAAUUUGGUGCAGCAAACAAAAAAAAAAAAAAAGAAAAAAAAAGAAAAAAGAAAAGGAAAAAAAAAGUAUAAACAUUUGAAGGCCUACAGUGUGUAUAGAGAAAACCUCAUCACAAGAUCAUAAGUGUUACAGUUUUAGGGAAUCAAGAUAUUCUAUUUAAUAGAGCUAUAGUAGAUGUAGUCAAUUAAACCUGAUCUCAAAGCUCGAAGAAGCUGAGCAAAACAGGGAAAGAGUGUUAUAUUUGUCUUUAUGAAAUUGGGAUGGAAUUGCUAUGAGGAAUUGAGGUUUGUGGUUUCACUGUUCAUCUUAGGGUGCAUGACAAGAUCCCUUCUCUUGAGAAAGGAAAAAAUUGAUCACCCUAGUUCCAGUGAUGCAUAGAAACCGAAUUGUAUCCACACUAGUCAAUCGAAGCUAAAGGAUUUUCUUUUUUGUUUCUUUGGGGUUUUACUGAAGGGGCUGGGGCGGGAAGGGAUUCUUUUCAGUUUUGUAUAAAAACAAAGUUUACUCAUGCUUUCUGUUAUUAUUGUGAUUGCAAGCGUUCCAAGCGUGUGCCACUGGACCCCUCUUGUUGAUGCUCUCAGUAACAGAGGCCUGUGGCGAGUUUUAUGGUGACUUGGGCAUGUCUUAUUUCAAAACAAAAACACAAAACACAGAAACCUUUCUUCUGCAGACCAAGGCAAGCAGCCAUUUCAUGACUCACUUAACACAUUGCAGUGUACCAGUUUACAGAUGAUUUUUCCCUUUUUUCGUGACAUGGCAGUUCCAACCCACAAAGAAUCCCUUAUUUGUAAAUUGGAAGUUUGUACUAUGCCUUACAGAGCUUAAAUUCAGAAGUUUGUGCCUCAUAUCUGAAACAAAGGGAAAUAACAAAAGUAAAUAAAUCCCCUCAAAGUGUUU